CGCGGAGGAUGCGCUGAGCGAGCGCGGGAGGCGGCGCGGCCGCGGCUCAGACAUAUUACAGCAGACUUCCAGAUGAGAGGACGAAGACUAUGAGUGAAGAGUGCCCUGGAGAUCUCCUGCAGUUCUUUUCCUGGCUCAGAACUGGAUUGAUCUGAGAACAGUAAUUAUGAGGCUGACAUGUAUGUUCUCCUUCAUCUUGCUGUUUGGAGCAGUUGGGCUCGUUGUUUUCAUUCACCUGCAGGAUCCAGAAGAAAUAGUUCAUCAGCAGACACCAGGGAUAAAAUAUAACAUGGGAUUCCAGCAACCAAAAAAACAGGACUGUGUCUCCAGCAAUAACCAGGACAGAAGAUUAAGAAAUAAUACAGCAGACAGAGCAGCCACAGUUAAGCAGAGCAAUUCAUUAGAGCCAUCUGAAAGUGUGCCCACCAAGCUUCAAAGCACGGACAGAAGGCAGAGCACCGUCAUGUUUGCUAUGAAAGAUCAACAGAAAGGUGAAGAAAUUAAUUCCAUCAAGCUCCAUAAACGCAGGAGGAGGUUUAUAAUUAAAAAGAGCCCAAUUCUGAUUUCCAUGAACAGCUCCAUUCUCAACCUGCCCACACUUAAAUACGAGGAUAGAAACAACAGCAAGUGGAAAAGUCUCUAUCAGAUCCAGGGAGAAAGGAAGCGGAUUAUGAGGGAAACUUGUUCAAAAUACAAGAGUAAUAACAGAAGAAUAAUCACUCCUUAUCAUGUGUCUAGAAUAUUUGUAGAAGACAAAUACAGAGUUUUAUACUGUGAAGUACCAAAAGCCGGCUGCUCUAACUGGAAGCGGGUGCUGAUGGUGCUGAACGGGCUGGCCUCCUCCACCAAGGACAUCCAGCACAACACCGUGCACUACGGGAACUACCUGAAACGGCUGGAUGGCUUUGACCACAAGGGAAUUUAUCACAGGCUCAACACUUACACAAAGAUGCUGUUUAUUCGUGAGCCUUUUGAAAAGCUGGUAUCUGCCUUUCGGGACAAGUUUGAACAUCCAAAUAACUACUACCACCCGGUGUUUGGGAAAGCCAUCAUCUCCAGAUACCGGCUCAAUGCCACCAAAGAAGCAUUAAGGACAGGCUCUGGAGUCAAGUUUAAAGAGUUCAUUCAGUAUCUCCUGGAUGUGCACAGGCCUGUGGGUAUGGAUAUACACUGGGAUCAUGUCAAUAGGCUUUGCAGCCCGUGUUUAAUAGACUACGACUUCGUUGGGAAAUUUGAAAGUAUGGAAGAAGAUGCAAACUUUUUCUUGCACUUAAUAGGAGCUCCACAAAAUUUAACUUUCCCCAAGUUUAAAGAUCGUCACUCCAAUGAAGAAAGAACUACCACUAAAAUUACACAACAGUAUUUUGCACAGCUUUCUCCUUCUCAACGACAACAAAGCUAUGACUUUUACUAUAUGGAUUACUUGAUGUUCAACUACUCAAAACCUUUUGAAGAUUUAUAUUAAUUUGAGAGCCUGGAUAUUUCCACGUUCAUAUCA